UCAUCAUCAUAAAAUUAAGCUUUAGAAGUAGUUCAAUUCCCGGACCUCUAACCGUAAUUAACAUCAUGCAUUCUCAACACCAUAUACCGAUUCAGGAGCCCUCACCGGACGGCCGCCAGUUAAAACGGCACCACACGGCUAGCUACUAUGUUGACCGGGUGAAAGGGAGCCUCACCACCAGAGUCUCCAAGUUCGUCUGUGCCAUUUUCUUGGGUAUUCUCCUCUUUAUGGGCGUCCUCAUUUUUAUCCUGUGGCUCAGCUUACGCCCGCACCGACCCAGAUUUUAUGUCCACGAGUUCUCUAUUCCGGGUUUGGCCCAAGAAAACGGGUUUGCUAAUGCCCAAGUCAUUUUCAAUGUCACGGUCCGUAACCCGAACCACAAGAUUGGGAUUUACUAUGAUUCUAUGCAGGUGACUCUAUUUUAUGAAGAUCAGAAUAUUGGCGGCAACUCGCUACUGUUUCCAUUCUAUCAGGAUUCAAAGAACACAACAAUACUUUAUGAUGUGCUGGGUGGGGCCAGCUUGACGGUCAACAAUGAUCGUUGGACCAAGUUCACCGCGGAUCUUGCCAAAGGGACGGUGAUCUUUCGUCUUGAACUGAAGUCCUCCAUUCGAUUUAAGAUUUACACGUGGCGUAGUAAGCACCAUAAGAUGCACGCCAAAUGUGAAGUUGGGGUGGGCCCGGAUGGCUUGAUUUUAGCCCGUUAUAAAGAUAAGAGAUGCCCAGUUUAUUUCAGUUGAAAGUGCAUACAAUACAAGGUGUUUGAAAUCUUUUUCAUUUAUUUAUUUUAAAAUUUUCUUCUUCUUUAUUUUAGUUGAGUUCAUGAAAUGAUGUAGCAUAUAUUUUGUAUAUAUUUCUAUAGUUGCUCCAUUGGAGGUCCACUAAAUGGAGACAUUGGUAACUUGAAGAAUUCACUGAUCAUUUUUCUUUUUUUUUUUUUAUAUAUACAUAAAUAAUAAUAAUUGUCACAAUUUUUUAUUUUAUUUUAUUUUAGAGACUUUCAUUUCUUCAAUUCUUUUCAUUUGCUUUUCAGGCUGUGCCAACUUAAAAGCAAUGUUCUGUGCAGUAAUUUUA